CUCAAACUUCUUAAAGUCCCCUAUCAUCAUUCCGGCUCUCCGAGAGGACCAAAAGGUCAAAACUAAGUUAAUUAGUCAAUUUCUUUAGCUCUUCAUCAUCCUCCCCGCCUUGCAUUGCGGCAUCAAUCAAUUUUCACUCUUCACUCUUCAGUAUCCGUCUCUCUUCUUCCACUCUCCUCUCCCGAGCGAAAAUGGCUUCCAUCCUUUCCUAUACGGCCACCGUCACCGCCCUCCUCCUCUUCCUCUACCUCUUCCUCUCCCAAUCCCUCUUCCUCCCGACUUACAUCUCCUCCCACAACAAUCUACAGCCCAAAACCAGAAGAAAUCUGCUUUCUCUUACCAACGAAGAGGAUCUACACUCUCCAAUCCUGAAAUCCAAACCCCCUCCGAAGAAGCAACCGGUCUCCGAAUUCUUCGCAGCCAUUAACAAAACCAAAUCACUCAAGCCCAAGAAAACCAAUUCCAGCAUCUCCUCCUCACCCAUCAUUUCGAAUCCCGCCACCAAAUCCAAGCUCAACAAAACCAUCUCGUUCACCGCCAAAUUCAAGCUUAACAAAACGCUGACAGCCAUUCCCACUGCUCCCAAAGCCAAGCUCAAUAAAACCAGCAUUACCUCCAAGUCGAACAACAACACUAAGCUCCUCAAACCCAUCAAAUUCAAUUCCACCAAGAUCUCCCUUCCCAAAUCCAACUCCACCAAACCCCACCAACUCAAAUCCCUAAAUCCGGCGCCCAAAACACAGAGGAACCCAGAUGUGAAAGAUCUUCCCAUCGCUAAACCCCAGCCCAAACCAAAAUCCCCAAAACCUAAACCCUCUCCCGAAAACUGGCUCGACGAAACCGAGAUCACCGGAGACGAUGACGACAUCAUCGCCGAGUUCCGCGAUCUCCCUUCCCGUCUUCACUCUGCAAUCGUUCCCGACCUUCACAAGCUCUCCGCCACCUCGAAGCUCUACCUAUCCAAAACCCACCGGGAGAUCGCCGCCGGCGUUAAACCUUUCGUCGGAAAAAAAUACGCGCCCUCCAUCGCCUCCGCAGCCUCCGCGGCUCUCCUCCUCGUCCCCCUUCUUCUAGUCACCGCCCUCUUCCGCCACCUUCUCCGCACCGGAAGCUCCGCCUCCCUCCACCGCGCCCUCCUCUUCGUACAGGCUUACCUCGCCAUCUAUUUCGCCACGCUCUCCCUCACUGCCGUAGUAACGGGACUCGAGCCGCUCAGAUUCUUCCACGCCGCGUCCCCGGGAGCGUACGCGUGGACGCAGGCCGUGCAGACGUUCGGCUACGUGGUAUACUUGAUCGCGCAGCUGAUCGCUCUGGUGGUCGCAUUCUCCGCCGACGACGGCGAAGGAUCGGCGGGGAAGGCGGUGAACCUAGCGCAGAUGCUGCUGGGCUUGGCGGUGGGGAUGCAUUAUUACAUAACCGUUUUUCACCGCGCGGUGACCGGAGACGCACCGCGGGCCAACUGGAAGGUGCACGGGAUCUACGCAGCGUGCUUCGUCGUGAUAUGCGGGCUUGGUAGGGCCGACCGACGGAAAAAGGCGUACACCCAGGAUGAUGGUGGCGACGAUGGUAAGAAAAGUUAGGAAAAAAAGGGUCUUUUUCAUAAUUUUAUAUUUGAUGGGGGGGUAUUUUGCGGUUGUUAUUUAUUGAUGAAUGAUGGAUCAGUCGGGACUGAUUUUGUUCUGUUCGUUGCAAGUUGCGUGGGUUGGGAGAAUCCCAUUGUUAUCCAGUGCUAUUUUUUAUUUUCGUUUGGGGGUGGAUCAUUAAUUUAGCAAUGUAUUUGUACUAUUUAUAUAUAUGUUUGGAUCAAAGUGCAAUAAA